AUGAAACAGAGGACUGUGGGACUUACGGUGCUAUCUGUGACCAUCUCCGUUGUUGUACUAGUGAUAUCUAGUUUCAUUUAUGCCAGAGACAACUCUACGAAGGUGUAUUAUUGGUGUUGGAUAUGGCUAUUACCCAUGGCAGUAUGGUGUUGGGUGGUCACUGCAUGGUGCGAUUUCCAGUUGUUCAAAAAUGCCAAACCGGUCGGUUACUAG